UAUGUCAAAAUUUUAGUGGGUUGGGUUACUGGUCAAUCAGUUUCUUGUUUUUAUAGUUAACGAGUUGAUAAAUUUUAUGGAAGUAAUAAUAUUUACUUAACCGAAUAAUUAAUGUAAAUUGAUUUUUAUUUAAUUAUUACAAAGAUGAGUAAAAAGUGUGCGAGGUGUGAAAAAACCGUUUAUCCUACAGAAGAACUAAAGUGCUUGGACAAGGUUUGGCAUAAGCUAUGUUUCAAAUGCAAGGACUGUGGAAUGGCAUUAAACAUGAGGAACUACAAGGGUUUCAACAAGGAACCAUAUUGCGAGGCUCACAUUCCAAAAGCAAAAGCAACGACGAUGGCUGAAACCCCCGAAUUGAAACGUAUAGCUGAAAAUACCAAACUUCAAUCCAAUGUAAAAUAUCAUGCGGAUUUUGAAAAGAGUAAAGGCAAGUUCACGCAGGUCGCGGACGAUCCGGAAAUGUUAAGAAUCAAACAAAAUACAAAGAUAAUUAGCAACGUAGCAUAUCAUGGUGAUCUUUUAAGGAAAGCUGAGAUGGAACAGAAGAGGCAAAUCGGUGAUAAUUCAAACGGUUUCAAAGAUCCCGAUGUUAAAAACGCCAAUCAUCCCUCGCCGCCGGCUUACAACCCCCCGCCUUCUUCAUCUAAUACACCCGCUCCAGUUCCGAAUAGCGUCGGCAAAAUCAGCGAUUACGAUCCUCAAGGAUCAGCCGGACAAUUUCAGAGCCCUUAUUCCUCGAGAAAUUCACAGACGCUCAUCUAUUCAUCGGAUGUCGGAAGCGUAACUAAUCCACCUCAACGGCAUAUAGGUUCUGUUCAUGAUAUGGAUCCCGUAAACCAUAAUUAUGGCUCGUUGGGUCGUGUAUACCGCGCUAUGUACGAUUACGAAGCUCAAGAUGUCGACGAAGUCAGUUUUCAAGAUGGAGAUUUAAUAAUAAACGUAAGGAGCAUCGAUAGUGGAUGGAUGACUGGGGAGGUGCAACGUACCGGACAAGUGGGAAUGCUUCCUGCUAAUUACGUUCAGAUGGUUAAUAUCUGAAGAUAUUUUACUGUUCUCACCAUUUUUAUAUUAAAAAAAAAACUAUGAAUUUGAUUUAAUUACAAUUUAAAGUGGUGCAAAUUUAAUUCAUAGUUUUUUUUAUACGUACAUAUAUAGAAGAAAACCAGUGAUGAUCAUUUUCUCUUUAAUUUUUUAAAUCGUAAAUUUGACAAUGAGUUAGUGUGCCCAAUGUUGCCAGUUUUUCGGUUUUUCAAAAAAAAUUUUUUCUCCGGAACUGAAACUUUUCUAUUAUUAAUUUUAGAAAAAAAAUCUAUUUUUAAUAAAAUGUUGUGUUUGUUUUAAAAUUUGAAAUACAAUCGUAAAGUAUCGAAUUUUUGUAGUCAUAUACGAGGUGUGUUGAAAAAUAUGAGUAAUAUGGAAAUAAUUGUUUGGCAGUCAAAACUAAGGUGAAUGUAAAUGUAUUUAAUUACAAAUUUACAAUAUUUUCUUAUUAAUAGCAAUUAAAAAAAUUGUUAAAUAUUAAUCAUGAAUAAAAUUCAUACUUUUCGACUAACCUCGUAUACCAUUGAAAUAAAUCGAUAACUGAUGAUUGCAUUUCACAUUUUUGAAGGUUUAGAACGUUUUAUUAAAAAUAACUUUUUUCCUUAAAUUAAUAAUAAAAGAGUUUUCGCUAAUUUUCAACUUGAACUUUUUGUUUUUCAAAAAAAAAUUUUUUCUUUGAAAAUCUUUCGAAUUUUCAUUUUAUUUUCGAAAUCGUUAAUUACAUUUAAUAAUUUUCGAUUAUAGGGUAAAAUAUUUUAUCAUUUCGAACUAAAUAAAGAAAAUCGUUCAGGAAAAACCGUUUUUGAAAGAAAAGUUGAAAAAACCGUGGCGAAAACUUUGUUAUUAUCAAUUUUAGAGAAAAAAGUUAUUCUUGAUAAAACGUUCAGCUUGUUUCAAAAUCUAGGAUACAACCGUCAGUUAUAAAAAUUUGUCAGCUAUAUACGGGGUACGUUCAAAAAUCUCAAUUUUUAUUAAGGAGUAAUAUUAAAAAAUAUC